AUGACUGUCGCAAUGAGCUAUCCCACUCCUCAAACGACUAAGAUCGAGAACCCUCGACUGAGGCUUCUCAAUAAGCUUAAGGCUGGCGAAUUCCCAGUUUUGACCUUUAUGGCUAUCCCUUCCGUCAGAAUGGCCCAGAUCGUUUCCUUGACCGGCCUCGAUGGCAUUGUGGUCGAUGCGGAACAUGGUCAUAUCGGUGAUGAUGCGAUGCACAACUCGGUGGCUGCAAUUGCUUCCCUCGGCGUUUCGCCCGUUAUCCGAAUCCGUGGACCCGCUCAUGACAUUCUCAAGCGCGCUCUGGAUACCGGAGCCCAUGGCAUUAUGGUCCCUCAAAUUAACAACGCUGAAGAGGCACGACAGGUCGUCGCAUCUUCCAAGUUCCCGCCUCAGGGUGUCCGUGGUCAAGGCUCGGCCUUCCCUGCCAUUGGUCAUGGUCUGACGACACCUGAGUACAUGAAGAGCGCCAACGAGACUAUCAUCACUAUGCUUCAGAUUGAGACGAAAGCCGGUGUCGACAAUGUGGAUGAAAUUGCCGCCGUUCCCGGUGUCGAUCUGCUUUUCAUUGGACCUAAUGACCUCGCACAGUCCCUGCUUGGCUAUACUCCCGCUCGUGGAGACGAGCCGGAGUUCGUCGCUGCCAUUGAUAAGAUCAUCGCCGCCGCGAAGAAGCAUGGCAAGUGGUGUGGCCGUAUGACGAAUGACGGAGCUGCAAGCAAGGAAGGAAGGAAGAAGUACGAUAUGGUUUCGAUGACUGGAGACACCAAGGCGAUUCAAAAUUGGUAUAUUGCAGAGCUCGAGGUUGCUCGGUCAUGA